AUGGCAGUGGCAAGAAAUGCCCCGAUUUUUGCAUAUAAUAGAUGUAGGGGCUGUCUGGACUCCUGUGGCACAUCUGCCGCUAACUUCAAAUCAAGAAACGAUAACCAUUUGAUAGGGCAAUCCGUCGGGUUUCAAAUCAACAACUACAUCAACACGCCUUCCAAGACCGUACGAAGGAAGCGGCGCCUUGUCGUUCUUAUCGUCCUCCGGUUGAGAGAUGGCCGAUUCGGCGCUAACUCUAUGACACGAUCAUCCGAAGGCUCAACACGAUCGCCGUUUUCACACGCGUUGGCUUCGACGCCGACAGCUGACGGUGGAACGGAGGGCAAACAAGCAGCAAUCAUUACGAAAUCAUUCUCAAUGCUUGCGGUAUUCGAUGAGACCUUCACUACUGCGAAAGCAAAGGCGCUGCAUUCCGUGAGGAGUUCCUUUUCCAUAGCGGAAGCCGGAGAUUCCAGAUUACGAAUCCUGGAUAGACAGCAAAUACAAGAUCCAGGAAAGCCGAUGAAGCUUUACACAGAGCACUUACAGCUUCCAAAUAGAGAGUACCCGAUCUGGACAUUACGGGGCCAGCACUUGGUUUGUGGAUACUUGGUUGCAUUGAACGAAACAUAUGACGAAGCCCACAAUGCACAAGGCAAAGAGACCAAUUGCCAGAGACAUAAUGGUUCUUCGUACCAAGGGCUCCGGUCGAAAGAUGCGCACAAGAAGGAAUGCUACGCCGACCUUAGGGAGGGUUACACUCAGAAAUGCCCAGGAGUCUGUGAAGAGGCUCCAGAAGGUUGCGCUGGGUACGGUUUGGGGAAGAAUAUCAACACGGACUCGAGGGUUGAGCUGAGCGCAAGCUGGAAUUGUCAAUUCAUCUCUCAUAACCUCGAAGACACAAGGGCUUCGGUAAAGAAGAUACGUGAGACAGUCCGCAUGCCAAAAAUGACUGUAGCAAUCGCGAAAAAUGGCCAUGAUGCUGCUGUGGCUUGGUCGAUAAAUCGGUGGAGGCUCUGGAAUUGGACAUCCAUUUUAGGGGGGAGGGGCGAGACAGAGGAGUUGGAAGAAAAGGCCUUGAGACGACUAACCAUGGAUAAACCUACUCCACAGACUCUCACCGAAAUACCAUCGCUGUACCGGUCCAGUCCCCAUUGCUCCCAGGAAAUGCAGGUAUUUAAUUGCAUACGUGCAUUAACCUGUUACUCGAUUGGUCUUGGCUACGCCGCAACGUAUCGACAAUGCUGCGCCGUAGCCCCCAAGUCGCCCCAAUCAAGCCCAGAUAUAGGCGCCUGGAUCUGCGGCCGGACAAGUGGCUGUCUGCACGAUCCUACAAGACUGCCAUACUCUGGCUCAAUCAAUUUUAGAACUCCAGUGGCCCAGGAUGAACCUGGCGUGUCACUGCGUCAGUAUCUAUCAGCCGGACCGAGUUGCAACCCAAAACGUUGGUGUAUCCCCCAGGGCUUCCAACGAGGCGUAGUACUGUACGAUUGGGCGAUUUUGAGGCCUGUACGGGGAGGAGGAGAGGUAGGUGUACGUAUCGUAACUGUUACGGCUCACGUGAUCUGUACGAGUAGUACGAUUCGAUUAAAGUACGCCUCUGUAAUAGGCAUUUUUGAGACAUCCGUACUACGUACCGUACCUAGGGCAUCAUUAAUCGUACGGUACGGCUCACGAACUCGGUACGUUCGUACUGAACACUACGGCCCGUUGGAAGCCCUGAGUAUCCCCGUUCCGCCUCGCCACCAUUCAAAUAUCAACGUCCAAAAAGCCUUCGGAAAUCUGAUUUUUCAGCCAGAAAUGGAAGGCUUCGAUGCCGCGACGCGCCUAGAAGACGUGCUCAGCACUUGCGCCAACAAAACUACUGGCGUCUAUAUCUACACGACAGAGAGUGCCCCGCCAAAAUAUCUGACCUAUCGAGCCCUCCAGGAUGAAGUAAACCUCAAAGCGAAUCAGCUUCUGCACUACCACGGACUCACCAGGGGAGGGAUCGUGUUGGUCCACUUCCACACCCAUCGCGAGAACAUGGUCUGGUUCUGGGCUACCUUAUUCGCCGGAUGCGUUCCGACGAUGUCCACACCAUUCGUUGGCAAUCCAGAAGGCCGCGAAUCUCACCUGGCCCACCUUCACAAAUUGCUCCUCGAUCCCCUUUUUGCCACCUCCCAGCAACUUUUGAGCGCCGAAUUCUCCAAGAACAGUCUCCUACGAUGUGUUACCGUUGAGCAGCUCGAGAAGAAUUGCUCCGAACCCAAACUCAUUCAUGAUAGCGGCUCAGAGGGACAAGUUUCUGAAGCUAAAGUGCUAUUGGGCGGGGUUGCUGCACUCAUGCUCACUUCUGGAAGUACGGGUGCAGCCAAAGCAGUUCCCCUGACCCACGAACAAAUUCUGACUGCAUGUUCCGGAAAGCUGAGGCACUUACCUCUAGCUACCGACGCGACCGUUCUCAAUUGGGUUGGACUGGAUCACGUGGGCAGCCUGACAGAGCUCCAUUUGACUGCUUUGGUGGCGGGAUGUGAUCAAGUACAUGUUCCUGCAACCGAGGUAAUCGCGGAUGCGCUGGUUCUGCUACGACUAUUGUCCAAGCACAAAGUUUCACGAACAUUUGCCCCCCAUUUCUUGCUAGCACGGCUCGAAAUGCUCCUGAGGGCCGAACCUCCGCCGAACACACGCGAAAUUAACCUGCAUGGCCUCCUCCACUUGAUCUCUGGCGGCGAGCCUAACACUGUUGAGAUUUGCGCGAGAUUAUCCGAUCAACUCCAAAAGCUGGGAGCACCCAACAGGAACACAAUCACACCCGGUUUUGGUAUGACUGAAACGUGCGCCGGAUCAAUCUACAGUAUUAACUGCCCUGAUGUCGACAUACAAGCUCAAACUGAAUUCACUGCGCUGGGAACUUGUAUACCUGGCAUUGAAAUGCGCGUCAGAGACUGCGGACUUGAAGUGAGGGGUCGGAUCGUAUUCCGAGGAUACUUUAACAACCUCAAUGCCACCCAAAAGGCCUUCACCGAUGACGGUUGGUUCCGAACAGGCGACGCUGCCACAAUCGACGCUUCCGGCACUCUCCGGCUUGUUGGACGAUCGAAGGACUUGGUCAUCGUUAACGGGGUAAAGCAUGUACCACAAACGCUGGAGUCCGCUAUCAACCAAGCAAACAUCUCAGGCGUGGCCGCAUCUGAGAUAGUAUGCUUCGCGCAGGGCUUCCAACGAGGCGUAGUACUGUACGAUUGGGCGAUUUUGAGGCCUGUACGGGUGAGAUUUUGGGUACGUUCGUACGGCAGGGAGGAGGAGAGGUAG